AUGGGUCCUCUUCGUUUCGCGGUCGGCAUCAUCGCAAAUGCAACUGCACUUCUCAUGUACUUGGCACCAACGAUUACAUUCAAGAGGAUAAUAAGGAGCCGCUCGACCGAGCAGUUCUCGGGCGCUCCAUACGUGAUCACUCUGCUAAAUUGUCUUCUCUAUUGCUGGUACGGCUUGCCGUUUAUUUCCCCGAACAACAUUCUGCUAUCAACCAUCACCGGGACCGGAGCCAUUAUUGAGUCCACAUAUGUGCUAAUUUUCGUCAUCUACGCUCCCAAGAUGGAGAGGACCAAGAUUUUCGGACUCGUCGCUCUCGCUGUCGCCAUAUUCUCUACCGUCGCCCUCGUCUCCUUCUUUGUGUUUGAUGGAAAAACCAGGAAACUCUUCACCGGCGUGUUCGUCGACAUUUUCGCCAUUGCCAUGUUUGCUUCGCCUCUUUCAAUCAUGCGAUUAGUGAUCAAGACAAAAAGUGUGGAGUUCAUGCCUUUUUUCCUAUCGCUAUUCGGCUUAUUGUGUGCGGUUAGCUGGACCGUUUUCGGCCUGAUUAAUAGUGAUCCCUUUGUCAUCGUGCCGAAUGCACUUGGAUCAGGAUUGGGAAUUGCUCAAAUGAUCUUGUACGCAAUAUACCACGAGCGCAGUCGUCAACAUGACAAUGUCGUGAAAGAUGGAUCCUUGGAGAGGGAUUUGCAGAUAACCCUCGAGAAGCAACAACCAGAAACUCAUCAGCUAGAACAUGGCCGAAUUUUGUGAGUGUACUCGCGCGAGAAGAAAAAGACGAAUUUGUGCGUAAAAUAGGUCUCUUCAAACCCCCACUCUGAGUUUUAACUUUCCUUGAUCUCUUCAACU